GCUUCUGCAACAUGUACCAUAAGACACAGAUGCAAGCCAGUUUAAAGAGGAACGUCAAACAAUAAAAGCAGCUCUGAAUUAUUUCAGGAUGUCCGUGUUGGCAAAUCACAAACUUUGGAGAUCCGUGGAUUAUUGUUAUUUUACCAGUGGACAAGCUCUACAGAGUGACAGACAGACUCAUGACAUCCUAACUAGCCUACUGUUUAAAGGUGUUUCUCUGUGAAGUGUGCAGCAAUGGAUUCUUUAUACAUCGCUAUAGAGCUGGUGAUCGCCGUACUGUCAAUCGCUGGUAAUGUACUGGUGUGCUGGGCUGUGGCCAUCAACUCCACUCUCAAGAACGCCACCAAUUACUUUCUGGUGUCACUAGCCGUGGCAGAUAUUCUGGUUGGCUGUCUUGCCAUCCCUUUUGCCAUCACUAUAAGCAUUGGUCUGCGCUCAGACUUUUAUGGAUGUCUUUUCCUGGCGUGUUUUGUUCUGGUACUGACUCAAAGUUCAAUAUUUAGUCUUCUUGCGGUUGCCAUCGACAGAUAUCUGGCUGUAAAAAUCCCCCUGAGGUAUAAGGAGCUUGUCACGGGGAAAAGGGCAAGAGAGAUCAUUGCCAUUUUAUGGAUCUUAUCCUUUAUCAUCGGGCUCAUCCCAUUUGUGGGCUGGAACCGUAAAGACUUGUCCUGCUCCAGAAAUGAAAGUGGCUCUAUACAGACUGGCAACAACAGUGAUGCUGCUGACAUGGAAACAGGCUUCUUGCAAAGCUGCUGCCUCGAGUGCUUCUUCGAGAACGUGGUGGACAUGAGCUACAUGGUGUACUUCAACUUCUUUGGUUGUGUGCUGCCGCCUCUGCUUAUCAUGCUGGGCAUUUACAUCAAGAUCUUCACAGUAGCACGUAAACAGCUACGUCAGAUCGAGCUCAAAUGCAGCGUGAGUAAUGGCGAGAAUCACCACCAUGGCCUGCUGCAACGGGAGAUUCGUGCCGCUAAAUCGCUCUCCAUCAUUGUGGGCCUGUUCGCUCUCUGUUGGCUGCCUGUGCACAUCUUGAACUGCCUCACUCUCUUCUACAGAGAGCUGGAGAAACCCAGUUUCAUCAUGAACACUGCCAUCAUCCUCUCGCACGCCAACUCCGCCGUCAAUCCCAUUAUCUACGCCUACCGUAUUCGGGAGUUCAGAUUCACUUUUAGGAAGAUUCUGAACCGCCAUUUCCUUUGUCGACGGGACGAGUUGUAUCGCAGCUCCACUGGAAGCAGCAUUCACAGAGACCAGAUUAAAAUGACCAUUGACCCUCUGCUAUAGAAGUC